AAGCCUGGGGCGAAACCCCGGCUCCCGCACUUUCGAUUCUGCUUUGCAGGCGUUUCUGUUGCUGCGGUCACCCGGGGGACUCUACGGGAAGGGGACUGGUGGCCCCUGGAGCCACCCUGCCUUACAGGCCCUCCUCCCCAAAGACGUACUCCAGAAAUCUCCAGCCCUCUUGCAGCUGAGAGGAGCCCAGGAUCUCAGACCUAAACCAGUGAAAAAUACCCCUGAACAAUGGGUGAGACAUUCUCCCAGCUGGGCUCUCGGGAGAAUGAGAACAAGUCGAUCCUGUCCCCCGACCCAGCCUUUGGCAGCAAGGCUGCCAGCUACUCCAGCACCACCAGCAGCAAGCCUUUUUGUUCCUGUGUGCCUUGUGAAAGGGCUGCUGGUGUCAGCUUUGUGACUUGUCCCACCUGCCAGGGCAGUGGGGAGAUCCCUCGAGAACUAGAGAAGCAGCUGGUGGCCCUCAUCCCCUAUGGGGACCAGAGGCUGAAGCCCAGGCACACGAAGCUCUUCGUGUUCCUGGCAGUGUUCAUCUGCCUGGUGACCUCCUCCCUCAUCGUCUUUUUCCUGUUUCCCCGGACUAUCGCCGUGCAGCCUGUAGGCCUCAACUCCUCCACGGUGACUGUUGACGAGGCCGAUAUCCACCUCAAUAUAACGGUGGGUGGGUGCCUGUGCCCCUGGGCUCCGACCCCACCUUCCUGGCAACACUCCUCUGUAGCCCUUGUCCAGUGUUCUCACCCUGGGCAUCGGUAGCCAGGGAUCUUAUGGCACCCAGAGGAUGUCAGAAGCCUGGGGAGAAGCAGGAGCAACCAUGAGCCCCCUAACAGAUUGUGCAGGAUUGGAACUGUGAGGGCUUAGAAUUGAGGCCAGAGCCAUAAAUCACUGGGCGCAGUCGGAGUGGUGUGCCUGAGACUCC